CCCCACCAGCCCGGGUGCGGGGACCUAGGUAAGCUGAGAGGUGGCUCUCAGCAAGUCCCAGGGGUGGGGGCAGCCAACACAGCCUAUUACCACCUGGACCCCACCCCUCCGUGUGGAAGUCUCCCCCCUCUGGCUGUAACCCCAAGGGCCCUACUCCUGCUUGAGAACACCAUGCACGCAGGAGUACUGCAGGGAGCGCAGCAGUUGGCUAUUGAAGAGAAAGGGGCAGUGGCAUUGAGAGACCUCCAGACUGGACAUGGCUCUGAGUCCAGGGGCAAGUCUGGAGCUUGAAGAGCCAAUGGUGCCACCAAGUGUCCAUCCCCGUGGGGCCCUGGGCUUAGCCUCCGGCACUGUCCCUGGGGCCAGCCCAGACGUGGCCCUCAUUCCUAUCUUGAAUCCACCUCUAAGUCCUGGCUCGGCUCUCAUCCCAGACCUUAAUUCCACCCUGACUCCUGUCUCAGGGAGGGCCCUUGGCCUGGAGUGUGAUAGCAACCCCAGCGCUGACGACAGCAGGGCCGUGGCUCCAGCCUCCUUCCAGAUAGCCAGUUCCUUCUCUGGUGAAGCCCAGGUCCUGGAUUCCAAUCAUGCCUCAGGGUCUGACUCCCAGGGGGCCCUCUGUGCAGCCUCCAGCCCCGUUCUGAGCUCUGGCUCCCCUGAGGCCACUGCUCAGAGCUCAGGGAUCCUCUCUGGCCCAAGUGCAGAGGAGGCCCUCAAGUGCCUCUCUAGCAGGAAUUUCGAUUUGGGUCAGAGUAACACCAAUCCUUCCAGACCAGAAUCAAACCCGUUCAUAAGGGCCCAUUCAGGAGAGGCCCUGGUGCUAGGCCACUGCAUCUCCCGGCCAAGCUCCAAAGCACUCCUCCUGCCAGCCUCAAAUACUUCUCUGGAUCCCAACUCCACACAGCGGCUCAGUGUGGCUUCAAGAAACGUCUCCAAGCUGGAUCUGAACAGAGCUCCAGACUCAAGUGAGACGGUCACGCUGGCUGCCCAUAACCUCUCCGGGUCUGUUUCCCGAGGCGCCUUUGGUGCAACCUGGAGCUCAAGUUCCAAGGGGACCAUCGAUGUGACUUCCAACAGCCACUCCAGAUCCGAUUUGAACAUGACCCUCACCCAGGCCUCGUGUGUGACCCUGAUCCCUGGCUCCAGCGAUGGGAUCAGCCUGCACUCCAGCGUCCAAGGACCCAUCGCCUCCCUCUCGCCACCCUCCUGCAUGACUCUGAUCCUGGGCUCCAACGAGACCCUCAGCGUGGGCUCCAGCUUCAUGUUCAGUGACACCUCGACCUUGACCCUGAGCAGCCAGCAGGAUUAUUCCGAGGACAACAGCAUCCGCACCAUGGUCCUUGAUGACAAUCUGGAGAGCUGGGGUGAGAGGGCCAGUGUGGAGGUGGGCCAUCUCCCUCUGGGGCUCCCCACCACCCACGCUGGGGACAGAGACACCAUGGCCUUCCGAAGCAUCCCGGAUGGAACCUUCAGUGAAGUGACUUCGCGCCUGACGAAGGGGCCAGACAAGAGAGAGGUGGAGAAGGGCAUCACCCUCCAGAAGAAUCAGGAUCCGCUGGAAGGGGGAGAGAAGAAGACCAUGAUGAAGAAGAUGAUGAGGCAGAUCCAGGAGGAGCCGCUGGAUUCCCUCUCGAGCUCCGUGCGGCGCCAGGCCAUGGAGACCCUGACGCAGCUGAGUCACACCCAGCCCAUCCUGGGUGUGCGUGAGCGGUCGGAGCUGGUGAACACGUGUGUGCAGAGCGUGUUCUCCCUGCCCUCUGUGCAGGCCAUGCAGGAGAAGGACGAGGCCAAAGCUGAGGUCAUCCAGACACUCUACCAUCAGACCCUGGACGCUCUGCAGAAGCUGCUCAAUGCUCUCUUCAUUGAGGACCCCACUCCGGCUGGGCUGAAGAGCAUCUUGGAGCCUCUGGGGCCCUGGAUGAACUCUGGGAAGGCCCACGAGCGAGCGCGGGCUGUCAACAGCAACGUCUCUGUGCUCAACCACACGCUUCUGACCCUGCCCUUCUUUAUGUCCUCGGGGUUCCCGGCGCUGGGUGUCCUCCUGGGGAGGCUCAUCCUCCGUAUCGGAGACCCUGACGAGGAGAUUGGCCGGGAGGCCCUGGACGGCAUCAUCAUCCUCUAUACCAUCCUGGAACUGCAGAAACGAGCCAGAGAUAAGGAAGAGACCAACAAGAAGGAGCUGUAUGAGAGCAACAAGCGCUUCCUGGGGCCCUACAACCCCGUCAGCCCGUGUCAGAACAUCCUGCGUGUGAUCGCGGAGUUUGGAGACUUCCUGGGGCCCCAGCAGGUGAAGGACCUGCUGCUGGCGGCCCUGGAAGGGCUGAAGGGCAGUGCAGAGGCGCGGGGGAAGGACUCGGGAGAGACGGUGCAGCUGGCCUCGGAGGUCACGCUCAGCUCCGUCCUGGAGUGGUACCGCCACAGGGCGCUGGAGGUGAUCCCGGAAAUCAUGCAGGGCAUCUACGUGCAGCUGAGCCACAUCCAGGAGCCCCGGGCCCGCGAGGUGGCCCUGCUGCCCGUCUCCCUCCUGGCCAGCUCCUUCAUGACCGAGGUCGUGGUGGCCCUGCUCAUGUGCCCCCUCCCGCUGGACAGCAACGGGGCAGAGAUGUGGCGGCAGCUGAUCCUGCGCAAGCCCAGCUGUGACGUCCGAGACCUCCUGGACCUGCUGCUGACCAGCCUGAAGGAGAAGCCCGUCACUAAGAAGGGCCGGGCCUCCAUCGUGCCUCUCGCGGCAGCCAGCGGCCUGUGUGAGCUCCUGUCCGUCAACAGCUGCAUGGGCCGGGUGAGGCGCAUCUACCCGCAGCUGCUCCUGGCACUGCUCAUCCAGGUGCAUUACCACAUUGGCCUCAACCUGCCUAGCCGUGCGGCUGCCCACAAGGACGCCAAGAGUGCCAAGAGCCAAGCACAGCCUCCUGUCUUCGUCCCUGUGCGAUGGCCAAAACGGCUGGAGCUGUGCCGAUCUGAAGCCAGGAGCCAGGAGCUUCUUCCAGGUCUCCCACACAGCUGGGUGGUGAAGGUGGUGAAAACCCUACUGCUGAAGAUGGGCUGCUCGUACGAGGCCACCUUUCUGGAGGACCAGGGGGGCUGGGAGCUCAUGGGGCAGGCAGAGAACCACCACCGAGGAGUGUCACUGCUGGCAAGGGCCAUGGUGCACUACUCCUGCCAGGAGCUGUGCCGCAUCCUCUACCUGCUCAUCCCACUGCUGGAGCACGGUGACGAGAAGCACAAGAUCACGGCCACGGCCUUCUUUGUGGAGCUCCUCCAGAUGGAGCAGGUGCGGCGGAUCCCCGAGGAGUACUCUCUGGGGCGGAUGGCAGAAGGCCUGGGCCACCGCGACCCCAUCAUGAAGGUGCUGUCCAUCAGAGGCCUGGUGAUCCUGGCCCGCAGGACUGAGAAGACGGCCAAGGUGCAGGCCCUCCUGCCCUCCAUGGUGAAAGGGCUGAAGAGCAUGGAUGGGAUGCUGGUGGUGGAGGCAGUCCACAACCUGAAGGCCAUCUUCAAGGGGCAGGACCGGAAGCUGGCAGACAGCUCUGUCUACGUGGAGAUGCUGCAGGUCCUGCUGCCCCACUUCAGUGACGCAAGAGAGGACGUGCGCUCUUCCUGCAUCAACCUGUACGGGAAGGUGGUCCAGAAGCUGCGCUCGCCGCGCACGCAGGCCGUGGAGGAGCAGCUGCUUAGCACCUUGGUGCCUCUGCUACUCAUCAUGCAGGAGGGCAACGCCAAGGUGGGCCAGAAAUGCGUGAAGACCCUGUUCCGCUGCUCCUACUUCAUGGCAUGGGAGCUGCCGAAAAGAGCCUACAGCCGGAAGCCCUGGGACAACCAGCAGCAGGCCGUGACCAAAAUCUGCAAGUACCUUGUGAACGCCCACCGAGACAGUGCCUUCACAUUCCUCAGCCAGAGUCUGGAGUACGCCAAGAGCCCACGGGCCUCCCUCCGCAAGUCCUCAGUCAUGUUCAUAGGGUCCCUGGUCCCCUGCAUGGAGGGCAUAAUGACGGAAGAGCGCCUGAACGAAGUGAAGACUGCUCUGGAAAACCUGAGACACGACCCGGAAGCAUCCGUGUGCAUCUGUGCGGCGCAGGCCCAGGAGCACAUCCUGGCCAGCUGCUGGCGGAACUCCUGGCCACUGCCGCAUGGGGAUGCGUGGGUGUGCGACCCGGCCACCACGCACCGCUGGAGCCCCAGCUGUGAGGACCUGCCCACUUCCCACCAGCGGCGCUCCUGGAUCCUGCAGGCCCUGAGCUCCUGGAAGAUCUCCUUGAAGCAGUGACGGCCCCACGCCCAGCCACACCUGCUAUAAACGCCACAUGGCUUACCCCUC